ACCACUCUGUCAAUGAUGGGGAAGAAGAAAUCACAGAAUCUCUCUCUCUCUCUGCAGUACACUGGUCCGAUCCCGGGCGAGCGAGGGGGCGAGCUGGCCAUGGGGGGGGGUCGCAGCGAGACCUCGGCACUGAGCGGGACGGGAGGGGGGCGGGCCAUGACCACUACCCAGAAUUCCCAACGGCCAAACGCCUGCUGCUUCUGCUGGUGCUGCUGCUGCAGCUGCUCAUGGAAUGAAGAGGAGAGACGGAGGAGGAGGAGGAGAUUAUCACAGGACACCAAGAUGGAAACCAUACCAAACUGUGAAGCUUGCACCAAACCCUCAAUGGAAGAGAUCCGGCUGUGGUCUCAGUCCUUCGACAAGCUGAUGAAGAACCCGGCGGGUCGAAAUGUUUUCCGUGAGUUCCUACGGACGGAGUACAGCGAGGACAACAUGCUGUUCUGGCUGGCCUGCGAAGACCUCAAACAGGAGAUCAACAAGAAUGUCAUCGAGGAGAAAGCACGAUCCAUCUACGAGGACUACAUUUCCAUACUGUCACCAAAAGAGGUGAGCCUGGACGCCCGGGUUCGAGAGAUGAUCAACAGGAAGAGGCAGAACCCGACGCCUCACGUGUUUGAAGACGCCCAGCUCCAGAUCUACACUCUGAUGCACCGGGACUCCUACCCACGAUUCCUCUCCUCCAGCAUCUACAGGUCGCUCGUUCAGGGCGGCUCGCGCACCUCCUCCGAGUCCUAGUGCCGCCUCCUCCUCUUCCUCUCCCGGUCCUGAGCUCACAGGAUGGAUGCCAGAUCAUUUCAUCGCUUCUCUCACACACUCCUCCCUGUACCAAACUUUCCAAAAAAGAUCAGACGACUCCUCACUCCAUUUCAACAAAUCCCAAAUCUCUCCGAUUACUGCCAAGACUUUCUUUUCAUUUCUUGUUUAUUCCUCAACGUUUAGUACCGUUGCCAAUAACUCCUUUUUCUUUUCUCUCCAGUUUGUUCUCAUUCAAUCUUUUCUUACAUUACUCUGAUCCUU